UCCAAUAAAAUUCUUAUGAAAUUUAUUUAUCAUUAAUAAAUAAUAAGCGAAAGUUUCAAGUUUCAAACAUUGAUGGUUUUAAAUAAAAAUCUAGAAUGUUUUAAUAAAUAAAAAAAUAGAUGCGUUACAUAAUUCAAAUUUUUUUCCUUACACAUUACAUAGGACGUAGGUAUCACUUAUUUAACCCUUCAACGCCUGGUGUGACCGUAUGGUAACACAACAAAAUCUAUUUAUAAAUCAGACGUAAACAACGUCUGUGGGUUUAUUUUUAUUAUCUAAUCAUUGCAAUAGAUUCUCAGUAUGUUUAUCGAUUUUAUUAGCACUGUGGUUACCAACUAAUGACAGUUUAUAAUAUUUAUAACGAUUUUUCCGUUUUAUUCAACUACAGAAAUUUUUACAGCAAUGGAUUUUCAACUGGAAGAUGGAUUAACCUUACAAGAAGUUCUCGACAUCAUUGAGUCAAAUUAUGACGAAAAUGAUGUCGAAAGUAUAUUUAUUGAACCACCAGACCCUCACGUAUUGACUGAUGAAGAUUCAGGCAAUGAGGAUGAAGGUGCAUAUACUUCUAAUUUAUCAGCUCGUCAAUUAACUGCCGGAGCAGAAAUAAGGUUGAAAAGUGGAACUAAUAUUGUAGAUGAAAAUACGAUUGCCCUCGAAAUUGUUGAUGAGUUGGAAGACACUGGUUUCAAAAUACCUGAUAAUGAAAAAACUACUGAAUGGGUAAAAGGUGAUUAUGAAAUGCCCAAUUUAAAUUUCCCAUCUACAGAUUUUUCUAAAUAUUCGCAUAUGAGACCAGUUGAAAUAUUUGAACUUUUUUUUGAUGAUAAACUUAUUUCAUAUUUAGUAGAGCAAUCCAAACUAUAUGCACUUUUCAAAAAUGUUAAUGAUUUCGAUGUCACUAAUGAUGAAAUUAAAUGCUUUAUUGGUAUAUUGAUACUAAGUGGAUAUAAUGGACUUCCUGGAAAACGGUUUUAUUGGGACUCAUCAGAUGACGUAGGGAAUUCAUUAGUCAAAGAUUCGAUGCGCAGAGAUCGCUUUAUUUCAAUUAUGCGUUUUAUACAUUGUGCUAAUAAUAAUGAAAUUAAUGUAAACGACAAAGUUUGGAAACUGAGGCCAGUAAUGGAUAUGUUAAAAGAUAAAUUUUUAAUACAUUUCGUACCCUCUCAAAAUUUAAAUUACGAUGAAUCAAUGGUUAAAUAUUUCGGAAAACAUAGCUGCAAGCAAUUUAUACGUGGCAAACCAAUCCGAUUUGGAUAUAAGAUUUGGUGUUUGAACGCUCCUGACGGGUAUCUUAUAAAUUUUGAUUUUUACCAAGGAAUUAGUCCAAAAAGAAAAAUAUUGUACGAAAACAUGUUUGGGAAAUGCACAGCUCCAUUUAUAAAAAUGCUCGAAGAAUUUCCUAAGGAAAAGAAAAAUUUACCAUACAGAUUUUAUUUUGACAAUCUUUUUACUGGCCUUAACUUGCUCAAGUUUUUAAAAAUAAAUGGUUAUCACGGUACUGGGACUAUAAGAGAAAAUAGAUUGCCUAAAAAUUGUCCAAUGUCAAAUCAAAAAAUUAUGCAAAAAAAAGAAAGAGGAGAAUCAGAAUCAGCAAUUGAAAAAAAUAGUGGAAUAUUUUUUGCAAGAUGGAAAGACAAUGGGGUAGUCACCAUUGGUUCAACAGUACACGGGAUAACCCCACAAAGUAAGACCAAAAGGUACUCUAAAACACAAAAGAAAAUUGUGCAAGUUGAUAUGCCAAAUUGUGUUUUUAUGUACAAUAAAUACAUGGGUGGAACCGAUCAAAUGGAUGAAAACAUAGCUCGCCAUAGAAUUGGAAUUCGAGGAAAAAAGUGGUGGUGGUCUUUAUUUACAUGGCUGAUUGAUGUUUCUAUAACCAAUUCAUGGAAACUUUAUGUUAAUUCUGGUCAUAAAGUUACUCAGUUAGAAUUUAGACGAAAUAUUGUUCAGGAAUAUCUAACACGUUUCAAAAACGCACCAAAAAGAAAAGGACGACCAAGUAGCACAUCAUCAAAAGUUCCAGAGGGUAUUCGUUUUGAUCGCCUUGACCAUCAUGUCAUACCAACAAUUGAUGGUAAAAGAAAAAGAUGUGCUGGAGCAAUGUGCACUUCUUCAGUUCGAACAAUGUGUUUUAAGUGCGAUGUUGGACUUUGUGUUGACUGUUUUAAAACAUUUCAUACAAAAUAAUUUUAUUUUUUAUUUUUUAAAUUUAC